CAGGGGGGACAGGCCACCACCAUUGAGUCAUCCAUGGUCAACAGUUGGGUUUUGGGCUUAAAGGAUCAAGUUUUGGUUCAAAGGGUUCAGUUUUGGGUUCAAAGGGUUCAGUUUUGGGUUCAGAGGGUUCAGUUUUGGGUUCAAAGGGUUCAGUUUUGGGUUCAAAGGGCUCAGUUUUGGUUCAAAAGGUUCAGUUUUGGGUUCAAAGGGUUCAGUUUUGGGUUCAGUUUUGGGUUCAAAGGGUUCAGUUUUGGGCUCAAAGGGUUCAGUUUUGGGUUCAAAGGGUUCAGUUUUGGGCUCAAAGGGUUCAGUUUUGGGUUCAGAGGGUUCAGUUUUGGGCUCAAAGGGUUCAGUUUUGGGUUCAGAGGGUUCAGUUUGGGGUUCAAAGGGUUCAGUUUUGAUUCAAAGGGUUCAGUUUGGGGUCCAGAGGGUUCAGUUUUGGUUCAAAGGGUUCAGUUUUGGGCUCAAAGGGUUCAGUUUUGGGUUCAGAGGGUUCAGUUUGGGCUCAAAGGGUUCAGUUUUGGUUCAAAGGGUUCAGUUUUGGGCUCAAAGGGUUCAGUUUUGGUUCAAAGGGUUCAGUUUUGGGCUCAAAGGGUUCAGUUUUGGGUUCAGAGGGUUCAGUUUGGGCUCAAAGGGUUCAGUUUUGGGCUCAAAGGGUUCAGUUUUGGGUUCAAAGGGUUCAGUUUUGGGCUCAAAGGGUUCAGUUUUGGGUUCAAAGGUUUCAGUUUUGGGUUCAGAGGGUUCAGUUUUGGUUCAAAGGGUUCAGUUUUGGGCUCAAAGGGUUCAGUUUUGGGUUCAGAGGGUUCAGUUUGGGGUUCAGAGGGUUCAGUUUGGGGUUCAAAGGGUUCAGUUUUGGGUUCAGAGGGUUCAGUUUUGAUUCAAAGGGUUCAGUUUUGGGUUCAAAGGGUUCAGUUUUGGGUUCAAAGGGUUCAGUUUUGGGUUCAAAGGGUUCAGUUUUGGGUUCAGAGGGUUCAGUUUUGGUUCAAAGGGUUCAGUUUUGGGCUCAAUGAUGAUGUCAUCGCUUGGGUUUGAGUCUCUCGGCCAAUCUCAAGGUUGAGUUUCUGGGGUGCAGCGCUGGGUUAGGAAGGGGGCGGAGCUCACCAGGGCGUGUCCCAUGGGUGUGUCCCAUGGGUGUGUCCCAUGGGUGUGUCACUGGGUGUAUCCCAUGGGUGUGUCCCUGGGUGUGUCACUGGGUGUGUCACUGGGUGUGUCCCAUGGGUGUGUCACAUGGGUGUGUCCCUGGGUGUGUCCCAUGGGUGUGUCACUGGGUGUGUCCCAUGGGUGUGUCACUGGGUGUGUCCCUGGGUGUGUCCUAUGGGUGUAUCCCAUGGGUGUGUCACAUGGGUGUGUCCCAUGGGUGUGUCCCAUGGGUGUGUCACUGGGUGUGUCCCAUGGGUGUGUCACUGGGUGUGUCACUGGGUGUGUCCCAUGGGUGUGUCACUGGGUGUGUCCCAUGGGUGUAUCCCAUGGGUGUGUCCCUUGGCCAUGUCCCAUGGCCGUGUCCCUUGGGUGUCUCCCUUGGCCGUGUCCCUUGGGUGUCUCCCGUGGGUGUGUCCCAUGGGUGUGUCCCUUGGCCGUGUCCCUUGGCCGUGUCCCGUGGGCGUGUCCCUUAGGUGUCUCCCGUGGGUGUGUCACUGGGUGUGUCCCUGGGCCAUUUUCCAAUGGGCGUGUCCCAUGGACAUGUCCCGUGGGUGUGUCACAUGGGUGUGUCCCAUGGGUGUGUCACAGGGCAUGUCCUGUGGGCGUGUCCCUGGGGUGUAUCCCAUCUGUGUGUCCCAUGGGUGUAUCCCGUGGGUGUGUCCCAGGGCGUGUCCCAU